UCAGUUAGACGAAGUUGACAGGUUAUGGCGGCUGAAGAGAACUUCUCUUCUACAUAAACAAGGAUGGGCUGUUUAUUUCGUGUUUAAGCUGCAGAAUAAUUCUAAUUUCUGGUAUAAGAAGGAAGAUGCCAGUAGCUGAAGUGUCAGUGUCUCUAUUUGAGGUCCUAGAGGUUCGGGGAGCACCUCUCACGGAACCUGAAAUAUGGGGCAUUGCCUACCAAAGUGCUCUUACCUUACACAGCGCUCUGGAACAGGGUGAAGGACAUGAGGGGCAUCCAAAUUUCGUUAUAAGCCCGGAUACCCUGACCUUCACCAGUGGCGGAGAGGUACAGUUUCCACACAAUGGUGGGACUGAAGGCCACGCCUAUGCAGCGCCAGAGUUGAGGCAGAUACCAGACUUCGAAGGAGUCGACACAGAAAAGGUGCACUCCUUCUCCUUGGGGAAAACUUUACGGUAUGCAGCAGAGUACAGCCUCAUAGGAAAUCAGCCCGCCAAGGUUAGCAGUAAAUUGCAAGCAGUUCUGAAUUCCAUGUGUGAAGGGGUACCUUCACAGAGACCCAGUAUGAUUCAGCUGCUGGAGGCAUGUGAUAUGUAUGCAGACAAGUAUACAAAGAAGAGGUCACAUAGCCAGUGUACUAGAGGCCUGUACAAAACUAUACUGGGCAGUGGCAGCGAGGAGGAAACUGUGCCACAAUCCCAGGGCAAAAGCCGCCAAACCAGCUCUUUUCAGCGGGAAAAUAGAGCCAACAGGUCCAGAGGGAAACACAAGUAUUCCCACAGGAGAGAGCAACAGAGAUCAAGGUCACGGUCAAGGUCACGGUCAAGGUCAAGACAUCGUAGUGGAAAUGAAGAAACUGAUUCAGGAUACCAACCAUCAUCCAGAAACACUAAUCGAGAUGUCAAUGGUGUCCACAUACAGGAUGCUGAAAAUAUGUAUACUGGUCCAGGACAGGUUGCACCACCGCCAUACAAACUUGCUAGUCCGACGGACUUGAAGCUGGAUUUGACAGAGUCAUCACAAGGGGGUCAGUCCUAUCACUUGUCAGAUAUUACGUUCUCGUUCUCACAAAAUGGUGGAUCUGUGUCUCCGGGGGUAACGACUGGACAGCGAAUUGGACCUCUUCUGAGUCCAAGGGGCAGACACAUGGGAGCAACCCACAUGGGAAACACAGCAUAUGAAAAAUACCUGAGGAUAAAGGAGCGUCAGAAGAAACUAAAAGUGCUGCGAAGAGGUUUGCUGGGGGAGGGUAGUGAUGAGGAUUCACCCAUCACUCUGUCAGAACGUGCCGAUCAUCUGGCUGACACAAGGUCAAUCAGCUCUGCUGUCUCCUAUAACCAAGAGGCCGAACGGGAUAACACAGGUGCCUACCUGCCCGGGCUUCACAUGCAGUAUGGGUCGGAGAUGGCCCUGAGGGUGGGGCGAGACUCGGACAGAGAGAGCAUCGUCAGCAGUGAAUUCUCAUCCUACCAACAAGAUUAUCCAUUGAGAUCCACUGAUCAAGGUCACCAUUCACUGCCAGAGAGGGGUGCCAAGGCCAAGGUCAGAGUUCCUCACACCAACACAUCACCACGGACACCCAGGGAAUAUUAUGGUCCAGAGUUUGUUCACAAAGCCAGCAAACCAAUCAUUCGAGUGCCAAUUCCUUUACAAGGGGAGAGCCUUAAGAACCCAUCUCAUGCAAGGCGGGUUGUAAUAGUCCUUCUAACUGGUCAGAAGUUGGAAGUCAUGUGUGACCCCAGCACCACCGGUCAGCAGCUGUUUGAGUCGGUCAUCACACACAUAGAACUACCUGAAUUCUUCUUCUUUGGUCUCACCUAUGUCAGUGAUGGAGAGCACUUCUUUGUGGACCCUGAGAUGAAGCUACACAAAGUGGCACCAGACGGCUGGAAGGAGGGGUGGAAAGGCAACCUGCCUACUAUCACCUUCACUCUGUACCUCCGUGUCAAGUUCUACCCUGACAACAUUCUCCUCUUCAGGCACCAAAUCUCACGGCACUUGUUGUACUUACAACUCCGCCAUGACUUACUGGAGGAGCGCACCAUGUGUAACGAGGACAAAGCCCUCACACUGUCAGCCCUCGCUCUACAGGUGGAGUAUGGUGACUAUGACCAUGACACCAUGGGGCGAAACUACUUCAUGGCAGAGCACUACUACCCACAGAGGAUAGUAAAGCGUGUGGGCAUCGGCUACAUCCGGGACAACACCCCAGACUUCCACCAGAGGGCAGCAGGCAUGGGCGAGACGAAGGGUGAACUGGAAUUCAUCAAGAUAGCCCAACAAUUACCAGAGUACGGAGUCCACUUCUACAAACUGCUGAAGAACAAGAGUGACACUACAAGUGUUAUGUGGAUGGGAAUCACAGUCAAAUGUAUGGUGCUGGCCGAGAACCAGGGCCUACAGCGUGCCAUCGACCAACAGUACGCAUGGAACAUGGUCCAGAAGAUAUCAUUCAACAAGCGUCGCUUCAGCAUCCAACCCAAACCAGACCAUGGUCAGGGCAAACCUACAAAGAUGAAUUACUACACCAACAGCUACCGCAAGGGACGGUACCUGCUGCAGUUUUCCACCAUGCAACACCGAUUUCAGCUUAAGAUGAAGGCCAGAGAGGCACAGUUGGAUGCCCAAGGUUUGGAUCUGUCUAUGGAUACUGAGUCAACGUUUGAGACCCAGGCUGUAGACUUGGAAGAGGACGAAAGUCCACAGGCAAGUUUUGAAAGUGAAGAUGGACACAGUGUAGUUGUUGCUAUGACUACUGACAGACAACCAAUCCCAUACUUACUCCCCCCGCCAUACAGGGCAGAUACCAGUGUCAGCAUGAUGGACCUGCGUGAAAAGUAUGCAUUGCCCGUCCACAAACGACGAGGCCCUACACAUGCUGCAUCCACAGGCGAUAUUCUUGAAGAGAUACACAGGGAGGGGCAACAGGAAGCUCGUGUACUAGGAAUGACCACUCAGUCCGUGGAUUUGGUCGACGAGUCAGUGCUCAAUGAAAGUAUCAGUGCCACGUUACAACACCGCCUGAACAGCAGUGAGGUGUCCCCAGAACAGCCUGAUAGACAUAUCUUUGAGGUUGUGCUGGGGAAGGACCCCAACACAGGAUUUGGGAUCACCAUUGUCGGUGGGGAGAGUACCAGUAAGCUGGACCUAGGCAUCUUUGUCAAGUCUGUCACCCAUGGAGGCCCUGCCAAUAGCGACGGAAGGAUCCGCCCAGGGGACAGGAUAAUUGCCAUAAACGACCAGAGCUUGGAAGGUCGUCAGCACCACACUGCGGUACAGAUGAUCCGAGAAUCGGGCUCUCAGGUCAAACUUCUUAUCUCCCAGGUCAAGUGCCCCGGCUCUCUCCGCCGCAGAGAACAUGAUGAUCCCAUAACCCGUGAAAAACUCAGACUUUCAAAUUCUAAUCCCUAUGAUGUUAAACUCUAUUCACAAUUAUCACGUUAUUCAGACGAUUAUCUUCCUGGAACAGAGGAAGAGGUUACUGAACUACCUGUUGAAGCAGCAGUUAAUUCUAUGAAUCAUCAUUAUCAUUCUCCAUCGGACCAGUUAGUGUUAAAUUCAGCUACAGUUUCUAACAUUCCAUUGAACUCUGAAAGCAAAUCUAAAUAUAGGAAUCCACAUAUAACUUCAGUGAACAGUACAUCUCAUGUGGACUCCAUUCAUGGUGAAGUGGUAGCAGAACUUCAUUUGGACCUUAACAAGCAGAAGUAUGGUGAGGUCGGGUCAAGAACAGACUCCGACCUUGGUGUAACUAAGGAAGCUGUGAAACCAAGAAGUAGGCCAAGGACACACAGGCAAGGGCAGCAAAGGACCACCAGUACAUCUAGUGUGAAUAGUGAUGAUUUCCAGCCUGGUGAUGUGUUUGAGGUUUUCCUGGAGAAAAAGGACGGAAGCUUUGGACUUAAUGUAACUGGAGGUGUGAACACGUCUGUAAGACAAGGAGGGAUCUUCGUUAAGUCCCUGAUACCUGGCAGUGCUGCAGAACUGGAGGGCUGUAUUAAAAGAGGGGACCGAAUUCUGUCUGUGGAUGGCGAGAGCCUUGUUGGAAAGACUCACAAACAGGCAGUGGAAGCCUUGUGUCGCGCCCCUCCCAUCAGCAAGUUGGUGAUGGAAAGAGGUCAGUUCCCAGCUGCAAAGGGAGUGUCCAAGUCCAAUAGGUCAUCACCAGCACCACAACCACUACAAACCAGCAACUCGAGCAAGGGUAGUCGAGCAAAGUCAGUGCCUGUAGAUGUGAUGCAGACAUCCACUUCAGUGCUAGGCAGUGGUGGUAGUAACAAGAUGAGAAAGGGCAGUAGUUCAAGGUCAUCUCCACUGGCAGCGACAGCUGACAAUGUCGAGGGUCAUGCAAGGGAAGGGAGAAAUUCAUCACCCCGAACAGCAAUGCAAGAUAAAGAGGAUAGGAGGUCAAGAAAGGGCAGUAGUUCAAGGUUAUCUCCACAGUCAGUGCAAUACUCAGGGGCUAAUCCAUUGAGAAAAAGGAGCAGUUCAAGGUCAUCACCCCUGGCAACUACAGAAGACAGUGAGGUUAAUCUACCUAGGAAGAGUAGUAGUUCAAGAUUCUUGCCCAAAACAGUAUCAAAUACUGUGGUAACACCUGCUGCCAGACCUAGCAAGAAGUCUAUGGACCUUACCAUUAGUGAGGUGAGACCAUCCCACUCCUCUCCGUCCAGCUGUAAAUCUGACGACAAGGGAGCAACCAGCCUACAGGGCACUGAGGGAUCACAGUGCUACAGCUUUGAUACUGCAGAGGACCAGUUUACUGUGGACUUGGAGCGAGGCAGGAGUGGGCUUGGCUUUAGUGUACAGAAUGCCCGAGACCUCUACCCCACACCCAACGCAUCAGACAACUUCCUGUGUAUCAAGAAGGUAUUUCCUAUUGGCCCUGCUGCUGACAGUGGGAGGAUCAAGUCGGGGGAUGUGAUACUGGAGGUGAAUGGACAUCCAGUGAAAGGCCUCAGCCUGCCCGAGACUUUAGCAACACUGCGGGCAGCCUCAGCACAUGUCACUCUGCUGAUGUGUCGGCCCCACCAGCGCCCCCUGGGGGCAGUUACUGAGAAUCCCCUUACACGUGAAUCAUCACUGUCACCUAAUACAGUGACUACCAGGGCAGUUCCCUCACCGUACGAGACCGAAUCUGAGGGGGAGCCAGUCCUGUACAGAGAGUCCAUGAUAACUCCCCCUUCAGGGUUUGCAUCGCCACGGGAACAGGAGGAGGAAGAUCAGUCAGCUGAAUGUCCUCCACCUCCACUGCCAGUUAGUCCACCCCCUACCAUAGAGGGAACUGAUGUUUGGUCCUUAGCAGAUGAAACAGAAUCUCAGCAGUCACUGGAGGUAAGCACAACCUUCAGUGAUGAGGAAGAGGGAUUUCAAGAGGAAGGUGAAAGAUCACCAAGUCCAGAUUCACAGGGCAGUGAGAGGUCAGACAACUCCAUUGUCAGAUCACCAUUGAAGGAUACAAGGUUGUCUGACCAGGAACUAGGGGCUACACAGACAACCCUCAGCUCCACUGAAUAUGAUGCCCAGUCAGAGAGGUCUGGAUCUGUGUCGCCCAGACACUUCACCUCCAGGAGCGAAGAGUUCCAAAGUCUCCGGGAGUCUCAAAAUUCAUUACAGGAGGAAGAGAGUGAUUCAGAGGAAGAAGACGAUGAUAUUGUUCUCCAACCAGGGGAAUUAGAAGUGAUCUUGAGGAAGGCUGAAGGUAAAGGUUUAGGCUUCACAGUGACAGGUGGAGCAGGUAGGACCGGGGGUUGUUACAUCAAGGGUAUACUACAAGACCCUGCACUUUCUGAUGGCCGGCUCAGACCUGGCGACAAACUCAUCAAGGUAAAUGAUAUUGAAAUGGCCGAGAUGAACCAUUUCGAGGCAGUAACUUACCUCAGACAAGCUCCCCAACUUGUCAAGCUGAGGGUCUAUAGGCCCCAGCUACCAAGAGCAGAUAACUCCGAGAAGAGUGGUAGUGAACACAUUUCACAUCACAACAUGGGAGAAAGCGAUACAGAGCCAAUCUCCCAGGGAGAAGCUGUCAAGAAGACAGAUGCUCUAUUUUCCUUUUUGGAAGGCCAGGAUAAAAACCUUGAUGAGCAAGAUUCGGAGAGUGAAGAAGAGACCCCCAGGUACCUUGGGAGUAAGGAUAGGGACCUUUGUGGUGCCCUAUCUGACAUUCCGGAGACGAGCGAUGCAGCUCAGUCCUCCGGAGAAUGCAGUACCAGUGAGUACUCAGACUCCCAGAAUGCAGUGCAACAAGCAGUGACCAAGGGGAGAGGUGUAUCCCCCUUGGAAAGGCCGGCGUCUGUAGAAGAGUUGGAAGGAAAUGUAUCUCUGUUCAGUGAUGUGGGGUUGAUGAAGGUGGAAUUUGAAAAACCAAGAGGUAUAGAUUUGGGUAUCAGCCUGGUUACAGCAGAGAAGGACAACCAAACGGGUGUCUUUAUCAGGUCCAUUGCCGAGGGAAGCUUGGCUCAGCAAGAUGGCCGCCUGUGUGUCAUGGACAGACUGGUACAGAUAAAUGGAGAGUCGUUAGUAGGCCUGACACAUACCAAGGCUGUGGCCAUGCUAAAGAAGGCAGAGGGCAGAGUGACACUGACUAUCUCAAGAGUUCCUUCAAGACACCUGGAGCUGAUGACACCACCAGUGAUCAUGGAGGACGAUGGCAUGAACACGCUCAAGUCUGAGUCUGACUACAGAACAAGGGAGGUAAAUCCUGAUGAGCUUGUCACCCACACCGAGUCGGACAGGGAAGGCUCUAUAUACGACUCCGAGGAGGAUGACAUACAAGCACUUGUGUAUGAAGCUGAAAAACUGUUAGCUGCAGAGGAAACCAUUGAGCUGGAACAUAACGAACUAAAGGAGGACAGGGCAGAAGCCAUGUCUCAGGCAACAAGGCAGAAAGAGAGCUAUCCUGGGUCUGAUGUGGACACAGCAGAGACAGAUAACAGAAACGAGGAGGCCAGUUUGAGUAAAACAUUUCUUAUUGAACAGAAAGCAAGGAAAGUAGAUAUAGAGGUACCAGAGCCCAUCACCAACGGGUGGCUCAGCUCUCUGCCCUUGUUAAUGGUUACAGAGGAACAGGCUGCCAAUGUUACAGGUCUGAUUCCACAGCUUCAGCGCAAGAUAGAACACGACGAUCCAUUGGAAGAGUAUAAGGAGCUCCGUCUGGUCAAGAUGACAGACAACUGUUCUGUAGGAAGGCUGCUGGAGAAUAAGCCCAGAAACAGAUUCAGAAAUGUUUUGCCAUAUGAUCAGAACCGUGUGGAGCUCUGUAGUGAGAAUGAUUACAUAAACGCCAGCCACAUCAUUCUGAGUGUGGCCAACACAGAGUGUCAUUACAUAGCUUGUCAGGGUCCACUACCUAAUACCUCUGAGGACUUCUGGCAGAUGGUCUGGGAACAGACAGUCAGUGUCGUCACCAUGUUGACCCAGGAUGUUGAGUCACGAAAAGUGAAAUGUCAUCGCUACUGGCCUGAUUCUGUAGAGACACCCCUGUUUGUGUGUGACAGCCAAUACAAGGUGAGCUUGAGGUCAUUCCAGUCCACUGAACACUUAGAUGUGCGUCACAUUCAGAUAGAAAAUGUCACCACAAGGGAGACUCGGGACCUACACCACAUCAAUUACAUCACCUGGCCAGACCACGGUGUCCCGGACUCCGCCCUACCUAUCUUACAGUGUAUGCAAUUGGUGCAUGGGUACCACACGACUGGACCACUUGUGGUGCACUGCAGUGCCGGUAUAGGGCGGACAGGAGCCUUCAUCACCAUAGACAUGGCUCUGGCUCAGAUAGAACGCAGUUGUUCAUGUGAUAUCUUUGAGAUAGUGAAGGAGUUGAGAAGACAGAGACCUGGAAUGAUACAGACUAAGGACCAGUACAUGCUGUGUUACUGCGCCUGCAUUGAAGCCCUACUCAGUCAGACCAGCUGACAGUGAACACCAUGACGACCAAAUCAUGUCGGUGUUCUGUUUUGACAUUAAAACAGAAACAAUAUGGUAGUUUACACUUACAACCAAAGGAACAACAUAGUGUCUGUUACAUGUUAUUCCAAGGAAGGAUGAUCUGUCUGACCAUGGGCCACACAACUUGUACUAUAGAUUCUUUCGUUAAUUUGGUCAUCAUUAAAAUAAUCUGUUUUAAUCCUAGAUCAUUUGAAUACUUACAAUAGCUAGUGCUAUUUCUCUGAUUCAUGUUUGUACCACAAAAUAGCUCUUCAGUGAUAUAUUGUAUUUAUCAUUAACAUAAAAGUAACCCAGUGCAAUCUAUUUAAUGAUAUUUUAACCCAUGUCUUCCGGUCCUAUAUACUGUGAGGUUCAUCACUAACAUAGAUUAGAUAUUGCUGUAUGUCGGAAAUGUUUCGGCCAGUCAUUGUUGUUACGCAAUUGUGUUCGGGCCGCCAUGUUAGGUGGGAAGGGCUGUGGGGUACGGUUUGUUUCAGGCAGUCACAGCAGGUAGUGUCUGCAACCCAUGCUUAUACCUUAAAAGACACAUGUUGUAUUUAUACCACCUGGUUGUUCCUCUUAUACGGUUUGGAUGUCGCUAGCAUGUACAUUUUAUGAUGUAAAUAUUUCUGUUUUUCAUACACAAAAUUGUUACACCUAGGUAUAUGUUUGCUAAAUAUUAAAAAAAAAGUAUCAAUGAUGUUGUACAUUUCAUUAAUUGAAAAUGUUCUGAAAAAAGAUAUUUUAAUUAUAUAAUAAUAUUGAAAAAAGGAUUUGUUUCCUUAUUGGUAGUAGUUUUACCUGAUAAAGGUAUGUUGUGGCUGUUGUAGGUAACACUUGUUUUUCACCAUUAGACUCUAAUCUAUAGCUAAGCUUGAGACCAUUCCCACCAUAGACUAAUGUUGUACAUGUGUACUAGCAGUAUAAUUAUCAUUGUAUACAAAAUGUGUUCCCCUUGUAAUAUCUCAUAGGUAGACUUGCUGUGACUGUUAGGGAUAAACCGUUCUCACUACUUCAUUUAUAUAUCAUUGUACAAUACUUGUGGGGAUUUGUAUUUGAAGGUCAAUUUUACACUUUAAGAAAUAUUAUUUUUAUGUGAAUAGCAUUUGGGGAAAAAAAAGUUAGUUUUUAAGAUUAUUUUUGUAUGUAUAUAAUUUCUAAUUUGAAACUAUUGGUUUAUGUGAUACCUGUGUAUUCUAGUCCGUUCUACCCUUUACUACUUCACUAACUACCCAUUGUUAAGUUUAGGAGCCAGUUUUAUUAGAUGGACAGUUUUAAUGUAUGUAUUUAUUUGAUAAUAGUUAGGAUCUAGUGUUUCUUGCGCUGUUUCAAACUUUACCCUUUUUAUAUAACUGUUUUUAAGAAUGAAAUCUAAUAUUUGAGUAUAUUUCCUUAUUUAACCUAUUAUUGGAUUUUUAAUAUGUUAUUGUUCCUUUAUAGAACUUUCAUGUUGUGUCGUUAUCGUAUUCGUCACAGGCCGUAUUUACAUUAUCUUAAUUGUUAAAAUGCAAUGCAUGAACAGAAACUAAAUAGGUACAUCCUCACUUCCUCUUAUUUUCAGGAUUUCCAUUUUGUCAAGUUUCCUUGAUGUUGUAUCUUUUGUACUGCCUUGAAAAGUAUAUAAGUAUGAAAACAAAAACACACAUGUAUGUCAUAUGUCUAAUGGCAUCACAUGUCUACUGUUAUCAUGUCUACUGAUAUCGCAUGUCUACCGACAUCACGUGUCUACUGACGUCACAUGUCUCCUGAUGUCACGUGUCUACUGACGUCACGUGUCUACUGUGACAUCAUGUGUCUACUGAUAUAAUGUCUAUCUUCUCAGUAUUAUGUCUACUGACGUCACAUGUCUCCUGAUGUCACGUGUCUACUGAGGUCAUGAGUCUACCGUGACAUCAUGUGUCUACUGAUAUAAUGUCUAUAUUCUCAGUAUUAUAUGUCUACUGACGUCACGUGUCUACUGGCGUCACGUCUCCUGAUGUCACGUGUCUACUGCAUCACAUGUCUACUGUGACAUCAUGUGUCUACUGAUAUAAUGUCUAUCUUCUCAGUAUUAUAUGUCUACUGACAUCACAUGUCUACUGACGUCACGUGUCUCCUGACAUCAUAUUCAGUAUCAUAUGUCUGCUGAUGUCAUGUGUUUCUUGUCAUAUCUCUGAUCGUGUCAAGCUUAUUUUGUGUCUGCUUACAUUGUAUUUUCAAUUUAUCAACUUUCUCCCACUAUCUGUCAACUGACAUCAGGUCUACUGGUAUCAGAUGUCUUCUGGCAUCAUGUUGUCUGGUAACAUCUAACAUUUUGCAUCAUUUAUCUGUUGACUUAUAGAGUCUAUCAUAUGUAUGUAUGUGGGAUGUGGAUAUUCUGAUUUACCUGAGGAUGUAGAACUUAGGUCAGAACUGAGGCUGUGCCGAUCUUCUAACACAAAAUUUUGCACGUGAAGGUAGAAAUUUAAUAUCCCAAAUACCUUCGUAAUGAUUAUCCCUUUUUUCCCCACAUCUAAACCGAAAUUUUGGUAUAUCACAAAUGACAAUGCAAUGACAGAGACAGUCCAAAUGCAACAUUUAAUAUAGCAUACUACAUCUAUAUAUUUAUGACUGAGACAGGGUGUUGUCAAUGGGCUAGAUAUUGAUGACUGAGACAAGGGUGUUGUCACUAGACUAGAUAUUGAUUUUUCUAUUGAUGUGGGAGGUGGGAUUUGUCAUUUGACCUUAUCUAGAAGUCAGUCAGAUGUGAUCAGACAUAGUUGUGAGUGAAUGCUGUAGCCUGGUAGUGAUUAUCACUGGAUACAUUGGUAACAAGAGUAUGUAGUGACAUGUAAACAUAGCUGUGACAGUAAGUCAGACAUCGAGAGACGGUAAAAUGGUGUGCAUGUGCUCAGGUAUUUCUGCAACAUAUGGUGUAUGGGGACCAGGAUGUUACCUGUAGGUCACAUUAACAAUGGCUUACAGAAGCCCUGCCUUUAUAAUAAAGGUAAAUGCACAAACAAACACAUAUAUAUGAUUAGUCCUGCUUUUAGAAUAUGCAGGUGUUUGUAGUGUCCUCUAGCACAAAGCUUAAGUUCAUCUGUCCUUAAUCUCCUUAUUGAAUCUCUCCCUAGUAUAUACAUGUGAUUGUUCCCUACAUUUCUGUCUCUAAGUGUCUUUCUCAAAUGUCUAAAGUGAUUUUUCCACAGUGUAUCUAUUCUGAGCUACAUUUGCACUUAUGUAUCAUGUCCAAGAAGUGUUAAAGCCAAGAGGUUAUUACUAUGUGAGUAUGUCCUAAGUGUAUUCAUCCCUAUGUGAGUAUGUCCUAAGUGUAUCAUUACCGUGUGUAUAUGUUCUAAGUGUAUCCUUAUCUGUGUACAUGUCCUAAGUGUAUCCUUAUCCUUGUGUGUAUAUCCUCAGUAUAUCCGUAUCCUUAUGUUUGUCCUAUGUAUAUCCUUCCCCAUGUGUUAAUGCUCUAAGUGUAUCCUUAUCCAUGUGUUUGUCCUAAGUGUAUCCUUUUCCAUGUGUAUUUCCCAAGUGUAUCAUAAUCCAUAUGUAUGUACUAAGUGUAUCCUUAUCCAUGUGUUUGUUCUAAGUGUAUCCUUAUCCGUUUGUAUGUCCUUUAUGUAUCCUUCCCAUGUGUGUUUGUCCCUAAUGUAUCCUUAUCCAUGUAUAAAUGUCCUAAGUGUAUCCUUUUCCGUGUGUUAAUCCUGUAUGUGUGUACUCUUCCCUAUGUGUAGUUCUCCUAAGUGUAUCCUUAUCCGUUUGUAUGUCCUAUAUGUACCCUUCCUGUGUGUGUUUGUCCUUAAUGUAUCCUUAUAUAUGUAUAAAUGUCCUAAGUGUAUCCUUAUUAAUAUGUAAAUGUUUGUCCUUUCACAUAUAUUAUGUAAUCUCCAAAAGUGAAUCCUUAGCCGUAUGCAUGUCCUUAAUGUUUUGUUCCUCGUGUGUAUAUGUCCGCGUGAAUCCUUACUCAUGUGAACAUGUAUGUGUAUCCUCCAAGCGAAAUGUCCUAAGUAUACCCCCCCCCCCCAAUGUGUUUAUAUCCCUAUUUUUAUAUUCCCUGUAUGUACUCUAAAUGAACCCCCCGGGUGUCUUUCCCUAUGUAUCUGUGUCCCCAGUAUGUCUGUCUCUAGUAUAGUCGUCCAUAUAGUUAGUGUGAUAAUACACCAGACCCUUAUAUAGCAUGUACGUAUAUUUAUACUAAACAUACAUAUGUAAUGUCAUAGAUCUUCAAAUUAGACCGUCCAAAGAUAUUUCGCCAUUUUAUUUUGUAUAGUUUAAUUCUUUAAAAAAACUUGAAAUACGCAUGAUGUUUGAAAUGCAUGUAGAGAAUUAUGUAUUGGGUACUGUAUAACAUUCCUCAAAUAGCAAUUUCUCAUUCAGGAUAUAAUUUGUCAUAAAAAACAAACGGUUGAAAAAAAAUAAAAACAUGGAUAUCUGUACAUACAGCAAAA